AUGGCUACAGCUGCGUUGUGCUUCAGGGCGUCUGCUCUCUCCGUGGCCUGUUUUCUCCUGGCCUUGCCAUUGCUGAUGGCACAGGACCCUUCAAAUCUGAGCCUGGAGCACUACUCCAAGACAUGCCCGAAUGCGGAGCAUGUGGUCCGGGCAGAGAUGGAGUGUGCGGUGCGCGACGAACCACGCAAUGCCGCUUUGAUGCUUCGCCUCCAUUUCCACGACUGUUUCGUGCAGGGCUGUGAUGGAUCGGUGCUGCUUGACGACACCGCGACCAUGAUCGGAGAGAAGCAAGCAGACCAGAAUGUGAACUCGCUGAAAGGAUUUGAGGUGGUUGACAAAAUCAAGGCAAAGCUGGAGGCUGAGUGUCCUGGAACAGUUUCCUGUGCUGACUUGCUUGCCAUUGCAGCCAGGGACGCAGUUGUCUUGAGUAGUAUGCAAACAAAGAACAUGACAGAUACAUUUCUUGAAAACAAAAGACUACAAACUCCAUAUCUUUCUGACAAGGGGGAAAAAUUGUUUCAGGUGGGUGGGCCUUACUGGGAUGUUCCAGUAGGAAGAUUGGACUCCAAGGAGGCAAGUCUUGACCUAGCAAACAAGGACAUCCCUACCGCUGAGCAGGGCCUUGUCACCCUUAUUUCCAAGUUCUGGGAGAAGGGCCUUGAUGCCACUGACAUGGUGGCCCUUGUCGGAUCCCACACGAUUGGAUUCGCACGGUGCGCGAACUUCCGGGACAGGAUAUACGGCGACUUCGAGAUGACAUCCAAGUACAACCCUGCGUCUGCGACCUACCUCAGCAAGCUCAAGGAGGUCUGCCCCAUGGAUGGUGGCGACGACAACAUCAGCGCCAUGGACAGCCACACUUCCUCGACCUUCGACAACGCCUAUUUUGAGUCGCUCAUCAAGGGCGAGGGCCUCCUCAACUCCGACCAGGAGAUGUGGUCCAGCAUCGCCGGGUACUCGACGGCCGACACGGUCAACAAGUACUGGGCUGACCCGGAGCUGUUCUUCAAGCAGUUCUCGGACUCCAUGGUCAAGAUGGGCAAUAUCACCAACCCUGCAGGUGGUGAGGUCAGGAAGACCUGCAGAUUCGUGAACACAUAA